AUGCUGCGACGUGUGGAGCCGCAGUGGGUAUCGCGUCGUAUCAACGCGAAGGGUCGAUGGUUCGGACGGCUGCUCGUGGACGUCACUGCUGAGGAGUUCAAAGCGAGUUCGAGGGAACAGCACCUUGCGGCGGUCACUCAGGGCAAGUACUCCCUGAGGGCGAGGGACGGCCACAUGAGAAACCCUCUGCGGGAACCCAUUGUCUGUGGGGACGUUGUACAUUUGAGCAUGCACCGGCAUGAACCGCCCAUUCCUCUCCGUGGUCCUCCACUGGUAUGUCACUCUGACGAACAGUACCUCGUCGUCGACAAGCCCUGUGGGAUCCCAGUGCACCCGACGGGCCAGUACUUCCACCACACGCUUGUCGAGCAACUGAGAGCUACACAGGGUCCCCUAUGGCCCUGUCACCGGCUCGAUAGAGUCACCUCUGGACUGAUGAUCUUCGCACGGACCCCGCAGGCAGCGAGCAAGUUACAGAGGGCCAUCCAACGGCACGACGCGGUCAAAGUGUACCUCGCAAGGGUCCAGGGCAAGUUCCCUGGGGGAGUGACUCUUGUGGACUCCCCAGUGUACACUUUGGAACCGAAGCGUGGGUUCCCCGCAGCGUUGGGACCAUCGCGAGACGCCUCGACGCAGUUUGAGCUUAUCAAGUACGACGCAUCCACGGGUCAAUCCCUCGUGCAGUGCACUCCCAGGACGGGCAGGACACACCAGAUCCGGAUUCACCUUGCUCGACUAGGGUUUCCCAUUGUGAACGACCAACUGUACAACGAGUCCCUAACCAAACGCAAGCAGUACUGCCGGUUCGUCGUCGGUGUACCCUCUUGGGAGUCCCUGGGGGACUCUCGGGAACUGGAGAACCGCAUUGCAGGUGUACUUGAGGAGAGCAGGACCCUCAGAGAGAACAAGUUCACUGGUCAGCGGUGUCCAGAGUGUGCAACACCGCUGAUGAGAGACCCAGACCCUGCAGAGUUGGAACUGUACCUCCACAGCUGGAAGUACCGUCUCGCCAUGUCUCCCGACGACGCAUUGAGCUUCGAGACGCCCAGACCCAGCUGGUGGUAG